AUGCCCUCUUCGUUCGUGGCCGGCUUUCUCACUCUCUGGCUACCCCUUCCAUCUCCCACCUGUUCUGCCUUCUCUUUCUUCUUGUUGUUGGAAGAGCCCGAGAAGUUGCACAAUACGUCGCCUCUGACCAACCGGCCGCGAACCAUCCUCGGGUCCUUGACAACAACGUUUACUCCGCCGGCAUCGUGCGCCUACAACGCCUGGGUCGGCAACCUGGACAACCCAUAUACAGCAUGGCAGGGUAUGGAAUGUCUGAGUGGCCAAGUCAACGAAAUUCUCUAUGUUGUCAGGAGAGACUGUGGCUUCGAAUGUUACAACCCCAUCUCGGGUGCCUUUCCCGGCCAGACCUGCACACAAACAUUCUCUGCGACCAGUCUCACCACGGCACUGUGCAGCUUCGACGGCGUCGGCUUGGGUGGUUCCAUGAUACCAGGCCUGGGCACAUAUCCAUUAACAUGGACCCAGACAACCACGAAAUCCACUGUCCUCACCACAGAGACCGCCACCAUUACAGCCCUGAUCGUAUCAGCACCCAUGAUCCAGAUCAACUGGCAGGCCUCCGACAGAGCCGUCCAGACAGGAUCGACUGUUAGUAGUGGUGGCAGCAGCAGCAAUUCUGUCUCGACCCCGACCUCAACCUCGACUAGCACCGCCUCUUCUGGCGGAGUUACGGCUGGCACACUCGUAGGUGCCAUCGUCGGCACUGCAGCAGCCGUCGCAUUGAUCGCUGCCGCAGCGUUUUUCAUCUGGCGCCGCAAGAGGCAGCAGCGAGGGAUGAACACCGCCGAAGCAGCCCAGCUGGCGGAGCUGCAGCAAUCGUCAGGGGACAAUUCGGGCAGGGCGCCGCCGUACGACCAGAAACCGGGAGCAUAUCGGCCGGCGGCAACAGGCUGGACGGAGCUGGAUAGCACGACGGGGGCCUAUGAACUUCCUCAUGAUAAUUAUCAUGGCUCGCCGAUGCUUGUUGCUGAGUCUCCAGCCUACUCGAGGACUUGA